GUCAGGACUAAACACAGAGCAGAGCUCAGGAUUCAUGAUGUCGACAGUGUGGAUUGGGCUGCUGGUGUGUGUGUGUGUGUGUCUGGGUGCUAACGCACAACCGUGGGGCAAGCUGCCUGGUCUGAAUCUUCUUCAGCAUGAUGAAAAUGAUGAUGCGGUUAAUGAAGAGAAGCCAAACCUACGGAGUCAUGAGAUCGAGAUGCAGAAAGUGAAGAUUGAAUGCAUAGUGACGUCUCGAUUCGCCCACACGGUCAUGACGUCCACGGCUCUGAACAAGGCCAACGUUUCACAGGAAGUCUACUUCGAGGUGGAGUUGCCCAAGAAGGCCUUCAUCACCAACUUCAGCAUGGAGAUUGAUGGAAAGACAUAUGUAGGAGAGGUUAAAGAGAAAGAGAAGGCCAAGAAGAAGUAUGAGACGGCGGUGUCCUCUGGGCAAACAGCUGGACUAGUAAAAGCUUCAGGCAGGAAGAUGGAGAAGUUCUCUGUCUCUGUGAACAUCGCAGCCAACAGCAGCGUCACAUUCACACUUACCUACGAGGAGCUCCUUCAGCGCCGGCUUGGCAAAUAUGAGCUCAUGAUCCGAGUCAAACCCAAACAGCUGGUCCAGCACUUUGAGAUUGUUGCUACCAUCUAUGAGCCCCAGGGCAUCACAAGUCUGGACACUAAUGUCACGUUCAUCACCAACGACUUGCUGCCUCUAGUGAAGCAAGAAGUCACUGAUAAAAAGGCACAUGUGUCCUUCUCUCCAACUCUGGACCAGCAGAGGAAAUGCCCAGACUGUGAUGGUACUCUGAUAGACGGGGAUUUCACCAUCACAUACGAUGUCAAACGUGAAAAGAAACUGGGUGAUAUUCAGAUCGUGAACGGAUACUUUGUGCAUUUCUUUGCCCCACAUGAUUUGCAACAAUUGCCAAAGAAUGUAGUGUUUGUCAUUGACAGGAGCGGCUCCAUGAUGGGAAGAAAAAUGAAACAAACUCGAGAGGCACUCUUAACCAUUCUAGAUGAUCUCUAUGAGGAAGACCACUUUGGCCUGGUCAUAUUUGAUGAUGAGAUUGAAUCAUGGAGACCGUCAUUGAGCAAAGCUACAAACGAAAAUAUACAAGAAGCAAAGGAAUAUGUCAAAAGUGUAGCAGCAAGAAGCCUGACCGAUAUCAAUGGAGCUGUUUUACAAGCUGUUGACAUGCUGAAUACAGCCAAGAGAAACAACUCCCUGCCAGACAACAGCCCCUCCAUGAUCAUCCUCCUAACUGAUGGAGACCCAACUACUGGCGAGACAAAUACAUCUGUGAUCCAAGACAAUGUCCAUAAUGCUAUUGGAGGAAAUAUUAGCCUUUUCUGUUUGGGCUUUGGCUAUGAUGUAUACUAUGGCUUUCUGGAUGCGAUGGCCCACCAGAACGACGGUUUCAGUCGGAGGAUCUACGAAGCCUCAGAUGCUGCACUACAAUUGCAGGGUUUUUAUGGAGAGGUGGCAAUUCCACUGCUCUUAGAAGUGAAUCUGCAUUAUCCAGACAGCAUGGAGAAUUCCGUGACUACCAACCAUUUCAGUCAAUUCUUUAGUGGCUCCGAGAUUGUAGUAGCUGGCCGACUAAACGACUCUCAACAAAACACGUUUAAUGUUGAGGUGUCAGCUCAAAUGCUAGAUCAGCCUUUUGUAGUCCAGGGUGGGACCAAUGCUGGGGAAUGGGUGAUGACGUUUCCUGAGCAAGAAUACAUCUUUGGAGACUUCACUGAACGUCUCUGGGCAUAUUUGACCAUCCAACAACUCUUGAACAAGCAAGACACAUGUAUACCCAAAGAAUGUGAAAAUGUCACUGCUGAAGCACUGGACCUCUCGCUUAAGUACAAUUUCGUCACGCCGCUCACCUCCAUGGUGGUCACUAAGCCAGAAACUAAUGAUACGUCAAAAGAUGCAUUAAUUGCCGACAAACUGACAGAAGAUGAAAGGAGAGACAUUGCAGCACCAGCCUCUGGCCGUGUAGGGUAUAGUAGACCUCUAUCCUUAAGCAGCUCAUAUCUAACCGGUACUGGGCAUGGAGCUGGUCUAAUGGGUCCCAUGGGUAACAUGGGUCUAAUGGGUCUAAUGGAUAAUGAAGCUGUGGCUGUUGAUGGAGAUCCACACUUCAUCAUUGAGUUGCCAGACUGGAAUGAUGCUCUGUGCUUCAACACUGAUGAUAAACCAGGCACCAUCUUCAACUUGGUGAAAGAUCCAGUCUCAGGAUUGGUGGUGAAUGGGAAAACCAUUGGAGACAAGAUGGUGGAGCCUGGGAGCAAACAACAUACCUACUUUGGUCAAUUUGGGAUUGUUCAUGAGAAAUUCAAGAUCAGAUUAAUGGUGACGACCCAAAAGAUCAUUGUGUCUGAGCAGGGCAAGCAAGAACAUCUUCAAUGGUCUCAAACAUCUCAUGUCAAGGGUAUAAACAUGGACCUUGAGGUAUCCAAGGAUCAAAGCCUCACAGUGACACUGAAGGACACGCUGAAGUUUAUUAUUGUAUUGCACAAAGUAUGGAAGCUGCAUCCUUACCACCAAGACUACCUGGGAUUUUACAACCUGGACAGCCACCAUCUUUCACAAAGAGUCCAUGGACUACUUGGACAAUUUUUCCACGGUGUAACAUAUGAGGUUAGUGAUGUGUUUCAAGGAAAGGAUCCAGACAAACCAGAUGCCACCAUGUUUGUGAAGGGCCACAGUCUCACAGUGACCAGGGGCUGGCAGAGGGACUUCAGAAAGGAUGUGAAGAAUGGAGAAAAUGUGCCUUGUUGGUUCAUUCAUAAUAAUGGCGCUGGGCUGAUCGAUGGAGUUCUCAGAGACUAUAUCGUCUCUGGCCUCUUUACAACUGUCUCAGAGGGAAAAGGAGAAGAGAAGUAAAAGAAUCAACUUCAAAAAACCUGAAUGGACUGUAGACAUAUUUUAUAUCUUUUCCACCUUUUCAAUACUGGUUAUGAACAAAUGAAAGUAUUAUGUGUUUUUUGGAAUAGGAAAAUUAUCUGAUCAUGAACCAGUAUAACAGGAUUUUCGUCUUCUAACAAACACUGAGAGAACUUUGUACACAUUUGUUUCUGAUUAAACUUCUGGUUACUUUCCAGAUUAAAUCUG